CUCGUCGCGUUAAGUCCAUCACGGCCAUGGUCGAAGCCUUGAUUGAGAUUGCACUUACAAAUGACGUGGCGAUGCUCGACGCGCUCCUCCAGACGCUCGAGAAUCGCGACCAUGUCAUCAACGGCUACGGCAAGCACGACCGGACGGCGCUCAUGCUCGCCAGUGCGUGGCACGCCCACCACAGCGUGCACCUCUUGCUGCGGCGCGGCGCCGACGGCAACCUCAAGGACCCCGACGGCACCACGGCAUUGCAUUUGGCGGCAGAAAACAACGCCAAGCACUGCUUGCACCAGCUCGUGCACGCCAACGUGCUCUUGGACGAACAAAACGUGUGGGGCUGGACAGCGCUGCACAUGGCGGCAGCGGAAGGGGCGCUCGAGUGCACAAAAGCGUUGCUGAUCGCGGGCGCCCGCACCGACAUCUUGGCACACGAGACGAACGACACGCCACUCGAUGUCGCACUCACGGGUGGCCACGCCGAGGUUGUCGCGCUUCUUCGUCGCUGGGAUCCGGUAUGGUCGAGUCGGGACGCGUCCGCGCCGCGCCAAAUGGCCGUCUGGUCGACAUCCGAGGUCGCCGACUUUCUGCGCUCGCUCUCCUUAGCGCAGUACCUUCCCGCCUUUGAGCACACGGAUGGCCUCGAGCUCCAAGACUUGUACGACGAACGCUUGUCUGCAACGUACGGCAUGCAUCGCGCCGCCCACCGCCUGCGCCUCCUCGAGGCCAUCGUCUUGGAGCGUCUGCGGCAAAUGACACCUCCACUUAUGGACUCGCAGCGGGUCCAGCUGCCUCGGCUCGAGGCCCGUCAACACAGCAGUGAUGAAGGACGGAAUCCAUUUGUUAUAUAA